GGCCGUUGUUCGGCGGCCGUAGGGAUCGGCGGCAGUGGCUGGCGCGGCCGCGUUCCUGCUCUCGUCCCGGUUCUCAGAAGAGUAAAAGAUGGCGGAAUUUCCCGAUGACCAGGAUACUCGUCUUUGUAACAACUGCUCAAAAGAAAUACCCGUGUUUAACUUUACCAUCCAUGAAAUCCACUGUCAAAGGAACAUUGGUGUGUGUCCCAUUUGCAAGGAACCAUUUCCCAAAUCCGAAAUGGAGAUUCACAUGGCUACAGAACACAGUCAGGUGGUCUGCAAAUGUAACAAGAAGCUGGAGAAGAGGCAGUUGAAGAAGCAUGAGGAGACCGACUGCCCUCUGCGGCUUGCGCUCUGCCAGCACUGUGAUUUGGAACUUGCUGUUCUCAAACUGAAGGAGCAUGAAGAGUACUGUGGGGCCCGGACGGAGCCGUGCGGCAGCUGUGGACGCAAUGUCCUCGUGAAAGACCUGAAGACUCACCCUGCCGUUUGUGGCAGAGAGGAAGUGGAAAAGAGGAACACCACAGCUAUGUCUCCUAAUGCGUAUGAUGAGGCGUGGGGUCAAGACAGAAUCUGGAUUGCUUCCCAGCUCCUCAGACAGAUCGAGUCUCUGGACCCACCUGUGCGGCUGUCCUCGAGGCCCCUGAGAAGCCUUGAGUCAGACUCUGUGCACAGCAGGACUUCAAGCCAAAGGAACGUGCCAGCCCAUUUUCCAAUUCAGAAUAAUCUGUUUGAAGAACAAGAAAGGCAGGAAAGGAACAGAAGCCAGCAGCCCCCCACAAAGAGUGGUGAAGAUAGCGCAAAUCUGGACUUCAUGCUGGCCCUCAGUUUGCAGAGUGAAGGCCAGGCCUCCAGCUUGGCAGAGCAGGACUUCUGGCAGGCUGUGUGCGAGGCGGAGCAGCUGCACAGUGGUCCCGGUUCUUUGAUUGAUAGGAAAGGUGCAGCAGAUGAGACCAUGCUGCCUUGUGAAUUUUGUGAAGAGCUCUACCCAGAAGACCUGCUGAUUGACCACCAGACAAGCUGUAAUCCAUCACGUGCCUUACCUUCACUUGGUCCUGACAGCUCUUCUUCCAGCCGGGUGGAGGAUCCUGGCGAUCUUUUCCAGAACAUUCUGCAGCAGGCGACAUAUGACCAAUUAGGCUUUAUAACAGGCCUAAAUACUCUCUCUCCUGUGGAAGGCAGCAUCAUCAUCCCAUGUGAAUUUUGUGGGGUGCAGCUAGAGGAAGAGGUGCUGUUCCAUCACCAGGACCAGUGUGACCAGCGCCCAGCCACGGCACACAGCCACGGGACGGAGGGCUUCCGGAGACAGGAUCCUCAGCGGCAGGAGGCCUCACCAGAGCAGCUCCGGAGGCGCAGCAGGCACCAGGGAGACCUGUCUUCUGGUUACGUGGAGGACACCAAGCAGGGGACUGCAAAAGGCUCCGCCUAUCCUCUGCCUCCCAGCAGACCCAUGAAUAAUAUGACUGCAACCUGCAACCGACUGUUAAAAUCAACGCCAGGCCCCAGGUCUGGGUACCAGCCCAGCCCUCCACGAGUGCUGAAGCUCAACAAUGCAGACGGCCAGGAGCUCCGGGGGCGGAGCGGGGGAGGGCAGAAUAGCUCAAUGGCCACGGACCACCCCUCAGUGAUUCACUCCAUCCGAAAUCUCUACCCCGAAAACCUGGUGCCCUCCCUCCCCCGUGGGCCUGCGGGGGGCUAUGGAGCCAGCAGCAGGAGUGAAGGCAGCAGGAGCUCCCGGGCCGCCCCCGCCGCUGCCAACUACCGCAGCCGAGGCGCAAAGGCGAAGCCAAAGCCACAGGGGGCUGGCGAUGCUGAGGAAGAGGAGGAGUGAUGACAUCCAGAGGCUUGAGCCCUGCGCCCCGCGCCCUGCACCCACCUUCUAUGCACACAGCACUUGCCACCGCUGGCCUUUCUCUCAGGCUUUUCAGGCAGGAGAGGCUUUGUGGAUUUUUUACUUUUUCUAGGUUCUGGCCAUUUUGUGUCUUUGGGCUUGUGCUGCAGGACUCUGGGUGUGAGGGAGGCCGCGGAGGACGUGCCUCCCGGCCUCCACUGCCUCUCAUGGCUCUGCCCACCAGGCUCUGUGUUUUGACACUGCCGCCGCCGCCGCUCCUUGGUGCUUUGCAGUCCUGGUGGAGGGAAGGGGGAGGGGGGGGGUUUAGAAAUCUGGCAGCCACCAGUGAUUUUUUUUUUCCUGUGGGCUCUUAAGCUUGGGACUUUUGGGACCUUCCCUGUGUGCUUCCUGACCAGCUCCAGCCUCCGGCCUCUGAUGCUCGCUCGUAGGCCAGUCACGGUGUCAGGAAGGAGGCCUGAGGGGAGUGGAGCAUAGGUGCGUGCUGGGG